AUGACUAAAGCCAAGCAGAUUGAAUACUGCAGUUUAUCAAAAGAGAUGGAUUUAGAUGAGCCUCAUAACAUUCAACCAUGGAAACGUUUGAGUUUUCAGUGUGCGAAAACAUUCGUAUUCAUUUUUAACGGAUUUUUCUGGCUGCUCGGUUGGACUCUGAUAGGAGUGGGUAUAUCAUUACAAAGUUCAAUUGGAGCUCAUAAAUAUUUAGCCAGCAGAGGUUAUGAAGAUUCCGUAAUAAGUGGAAAGGAUUAUGGAGGUUACAGUUCAGCAUCGGAACUUUGUCUAAGUAUUGGAUGCAUUAUACUUCUUGUUGUCCUGUUAGCAUGUUGUGGCACUCACACAGAAAAUCAUCUCAUACUGGGCAUCUAUCUUGCAAUUGUUGUGAUUUUCUUAAGUUUUGAAAUCGUAGCCAUUACUAUGGUUAGUUUUCACAAGGAGAAAGUGGAACAGCGUAUUAUCAACGAUAUCAAGUUAACAAUGAAUUUUUACGAAGUGAAAAAUUUUGAAGGAAUAACAAAGUCCAUCGAUAGUUUUCAAAAGGUGUUCCAUUGCUGUGGUUGUAUUGAUUAUGCAGAUUGGUUUAAUACAACAUGGGGUAAACAUCAUAAAAUGGACGUACCUAGCAGUUGUUUAAAGAAUAACACUUGGCAAGAGGCAAUACACCAAGGAAUGAUCGAUACAUCUAACACUGUUUUUACUAUCAACAAGGAAGGGUGCUUUAAACAUGUCCGGGAUUAUUUUGUAAAAAAUCUUCAUCUUUUUAGGACAUUGAUUGCGUGGGUAUUAG